ACUGCAGUGUACUUUGAUGGAGUAUGAAGAGGGCUCAGAAGUUCACAUCUGGCUUGAGUGAAGUUUGACAAAAAAUGCUACAGCGGUUUUGUCUCUGGAAGUGGUUAGCUGUAGGGAUUGCCGUGGCUAUUAUCUUAGCAAGUUCCUUGGCCCUAAACGAUGAAGAUUGUAAGUUGGCCAGAACAGGUCCUCCAGCCACAAUAGUUCCCAUUGAUGAAGAGAGUCGGAACGGCACUAUCCUGGUUGACAAUAUGUUGAUCAAAGGGACAGCAGCAGGGCCGGACCCCACCAUUGAGCUCUCCUUAAAAGACAACGUUGAUUACUGGGUGAUCCUUGAUCCCAUCAGCCAGAGGCUGUACUUAAACAGCACUGGCCGAGUUCUGGACAGAGAUCCUCCUAUGUCCAUCCAGUCCAUUGUGGUGCAAGUCCAGUGUGUUAACAAAAAGGUUGGCACCAUUAUCAACCAUGAGGUGCGGAUCGUGGUGAGAGACAGGAAUGAUAACUCACCUCAGUUCCAGCAGCAGCGAUAUUAUGUGGCAGUAAACGAGUUGACUCCAGUUGGAACCACCAUCUUUACAGGAUUUUCUGGAAACAAUGGUGCUACUGACAUCGAUGAUGGUCCAAAUGGCCAGAUAGAGUAUGUCAUCCAGUACAAUCCUAAUGACAAAACUUCCAACAGGACCUUUGAUAUUCCUCUUACUUUAUCUGGAGCAGUAGUUCUACGGGAGAGACUAAAUUAUGAGGAAAAGACUCGUUACUUUGUGAUUGUUCAAGCAAAUGACCGAGCCCAGAAUCUUCAUGAGCGAAGGACAAGUACAACCACCCUCACAGUGGAUGUGCUGGACGGGGAUGACCUGGGACCAAUGUUUCUUCCUUGUGUCUUGGUGAAUAAUACUCGUGACUGUAGACCUCUCACCUACCAAGCAAGCUUGCCAGAACUGACUGAUCCUGCACAUGUGAACCCUAUCAGUGUCACUCCACCCAUACAAGCCAUAGAUCAAGACCGAAACAUCCAGCCUCCUUCUGAUCGACCGGGCAUCCUCUAUUCCAUCCUAGUUGGUACUCCCGAGGAUUAUCCACAGUAUUUCCAUAUGAACCUCACAACAGCUGAACUCACUCUCCUGAAGCCAAUAAACAGGGAUUUGCACCAGAAGUUUGACUUGGUUAUUAAGGCUGAACAAGACAACGGCCAUCCUCUUCCUGCCUUUGCCAAUUUGCAUAUUGAAGUCCUUGAUGAGAACAAUCAGAAACCUUACUUUACAAAAUCUACAUACGAGGGCUUUAUCCUUGAAUCCUCCCCAGUGGGAACAACCAUCUCAGAUAGCCGGAAUCUGACCUCUCCAUUGCAAAUCACAGUGUUGGACAACGAUGUUGAGGAGACCAAGGACCCACAGCUCCAUCUCUUCCUGAAUGAUUACAAUACCUUUUUCACUGUGACCCAGAGUGGCAUCACCCGCUACCUCACCCUGCUGCAGCCUGUUGACAGAGAAGCCCAGCACCUCUACACCUUCUCGAUGAUAGCUUCUGAUGGCGUGCAGGAGAGUACCCCAGUGACGGUCAAUAUCGUGGUGAUUGAUGCAAACGAUAAUUCCCCAACCUUCUCCAAUAUAUCAUACAACGUCAAGAUUUAUACAGAUAUGGGGCCUGGGGAAGGCGUUAUAAAGCUCACUGCUGUAGAUGCGGACGAGGGACCCAAUGGACAGAUAGUGUAUGAAAUUUUGGCUGGGGAUCAGGGAGACUUCAUCAUCAAUGACCGAACAGGCCUUAUCACCAUUGCUCCAGGAGUUGUACUGUCAGUGGGGCGAUCCUAUGCUCUCACUGUCAAAGCAUCUGAUAGCGCUCCUCCUGCACAGAGAAGGAGCUCUAUUACUACUGUUUAUAUUGAGGUCCUUCCACCCAACAACCAGAGCCCUCCCCGCUUUCCGCAGCUGAUGUACAGCCUGGAAGUCAGUGAGGCCAUGAGGACUGGGGCCAUUUUGUUAAACCUGCAGGCUUUUGAUAGAGAGGGUGACCCUAUAAGAUACCUCAUUGAGAAUGGAGAUCCGCAACAAGUUUUUAAUCUCUCUCAAAGUUCUGGACUGCUAGCCUUAGGAAAGCCCUUGGACAGAGAAAGCACUGAUCGCUAUAUUCUGAUCGUUACAGCCUCGGAUGGCAGACCAGAUGGGACUUCAACUGCUACAGUUAAUAUCGUGGUGACGGAUGUAAAUGACAAUGGGCCAGUUUUUGAUAUGUUUCUACCAAAAAACCUGUCUGUACAGGAAGAGGAAGCCAAUGCUUUUGUUGGUCAAGUAAGGGCUACAGAUCCGGAUGCAGGUGUUAAUGGUCAAGUUCAUUACAGUCUGGCAAACUUCAGGAAUCUUUUUCGAAUCACUUCAAAUGGCAGCAUAUAUACAGCAGUUAAGCUGGACAGAGAAGUACGAGACUAUUAUGAACUUAUUGUUGAAGCAACAGAUGGAGCUGUGGACCCUCGCCGUUCAACACUAACUUUAGCAAUCAAGGUACUGGAUAUUGAUGACAACAGCCCUGUUUUUACAAACGCUUCCUACACUGUCUCAGUUCCUGAAAAUCUACCACCUGGCACUGUCUUCCUGCAGAUAGAGGCGAAAGAUGUUGAUCUUGGUUCUAAUGUUACCUAUCGAAUCCGGACGCAGGAAGCACUCGAGUAUUUUGCACUGAACAAGUAUACAGGCGAGUUAUCUCUUCUGAAGUCCUUGGAUUAUGAGUCAUUCUCUGACACAGAUGCAACUUUCACCUUCCUUGUGGAAGCCUUUGACAGCAAGGGCACUAUGCCUCCAGGUCUUGCUACCGUCACAGUCAGGGUGAAGGAUAUGAAUGAUUACUCGCCAGUAUUUAGCAAGACACUCUACAGAGGAAUGGUUGCUCCCGAUGCUGUCAAGGGCACUGUUAUCACUACUGUUUCAGCUGAGGAUCAAGAUCCUCCGGGCACACCAGCAAGCCUAGUCCGGUACAAAGUAGAUGUUGUCCAGUUUCCUUACAGCGCCAGCAUUUUUGAUGUGGAGGAAAGCUCAGGACGUGUAGUAACUCGGGUGAACCUAAAUGAAGAGCCAAGUACAGUGUUCAAGCUAGUGGUCAUUGCAUAUGAUGAUGGAGAUCCUGUGAAGUUCAACACCACUACUGUAGAAAUUGCUGUACUUCAACCUUCAGUAAUCCCACGGUUCACACAGGAGGAAUACAGACCUCCCCCAGUGAGUGAAAGUGCACCAAAAGGAACUGUGGUCACUACAGUGAUGGCAGCUGCCUUGAACCAAACUAUUGUAUAUUCAAUUGUGUCAGGAAAUGAGGAGGAUAUGUUUGCUAUUAAUAACAGAACAGGUGUGAUCUCUGUUAAAAAGCCUCUGGAUUAUGAAAGAGUGACAAGUUAUGAACUUCGAGUUCAGGCAGACUCAUUACAAGUGGUACGAUCCAACCUGCGUGUCCCAUCCAAAAGUAAUACAGCCAAAGUGUUCAUUGAAGUGAAGGAUGAGAACGAUCAUGCGCCUGUUUUUACCAAAAAAAUGUACAUUGGAGGAGUGUCUGAAGAUGCUAAGAUGUUUUCUUCUGUGCUUAAAGUUAAGGCUGACGAUAAAGACACUGGAAAUUACAGUGCCAUGCAAUACAGGCUCAUCAUUCCUCCAAUCAAGGAUGGUAAAGAAGGUUUUGUGAUUGAAGCUUACACGGGGCUAAUAAAAACUGCUAUGCUGUUCAAAAAUAUGAGAAGAUCCUAUUUCAAGUUUCAGGUCAUUGCGACUGACGAUUACGGAAAAGGACUGAGCAGCAAAGCAGACGUACUUGUCUCUGUGGUCAAUCAGUUGGAUAUGCAAGUCAUCGUCUCUAAUGUUCCUCCCACCCUUGUGGAACAAAACAAAGAUCAACUCAUAGGGAUUCUGGAACGCUAUGUCCAAGAUCAGAUUCCUGGUGCAACUGUCGUGGUGGAAUCCAUUGGUGCUCGGAGGUUUGGGGAUGGAUACUCCGAAGAGGAUUAUACCAAGUCUGACCUCAUGGUCUACGCAAUUGACCCACAAACAAAUAGAGCUAUAAUGAGGAAUGAACUUUUUAAGUUCCUCGAUGGCAAACUGCUGGAUAUCAAUAAAGAAUUUCAGCCAUACCUGGGGCAGGGGGGACGCAUCCUGGAGAUCCGCACCCCGGACGUGGUAGCAAAUGUCAAGAAGCAGGCGCAAGCUGUAGGCUUCACAGAAGGUGCAUUGCUGGCUCUGGCCGUCAUUAUCAUCCUGUGCUGCAUGCCAGCUAUUUUAAUAGUCAUGGUCAGCUACAGACAGCGACAGGCUGAGUGUGCUAAGACUGCAAGAAUCCAGAUGGCCCUACCGGCAGGCAAACCAGCAAGCUCUGCUGCCAAUAACCUCUACGAAGAGCUUGGUGACAGCACCAUGCGAGGAUAUGCACAGCAAGAGCAACAGCAGUUGCUGAGACCUUCUCUUCUCAGGCCAGAGGAGUUAAGUAUGGAGUCUGGAAUUGACCCAGGGCAGGAAUACUAUGGUCAAGAUUACUACAGUUAUGAGCAUGGGUAUGAACUGCCUCAGUAUGGGAGCCGCCGCCGCUUGCUGUCUCCUUCGGGGAUGUAUGAUGAGUACGGGGAAGUCAUGGUGGAGAACGAUGGUGGCUACUACUACAGCCCACAUGGGCCAACAGCAGAAGAGGGAAUGAGUCAAAGCAGAGGUCCUUCAAGCAGAGGUAUAAGCCAGAGAGCAGGGGCUCAAAUAGAAGGUAGACCUUUAGAUGGUGGGAUGGAUCUAAGGCAUGGCUCUGGAAGAGCAUAUAGAACCAGCCAGGGAAGGAGAAAACUAAAAGCGGUGAUGCAUUUAAGUCGUGUAGCAGUCAGUGCUCACAAACCAGUAGGAAGAAGUGAGUCUGCUCGUGCUCCAUGGAAGAAAGCAAAGAUAUUCCCAAUGAUUCUGCAAAAAGUGAAAGGCACUAGGAAAGAUUCCAGUUAUGCCAAGUUGAUGUCAGCUCGCCAGGCAGAUGGUGAGAAAAGCAUGAUUAUCAGGGGAAGCUACUUCCAGAAAUCUACAGAUGACAGACCUUCAAUGAGAAAGCUAAAUCAUGUGUUAAAACGCAUUAGUGUCUCCAGAAAAUUUCAAGAACCUACUAGCAAAGAUGCAGUGCAAUCAGGAGGAAAAGAAGAGGAAGAAAGAGAAGAAGCAAAGUCAGGAGUUUCAAUAAGUAUCACAGCAGAGAGUGAACAUGAGGAAAGUGAUUAUGAAAAGAAGAAGAGGAGAAGAAAAUACAGUUCAGAUGAGUCGUCUGCAAAGAGUAGUAGCUCUGGGUCAGAGUCAGAAGAUAAAGACUAUCUGACAGUAACUCUGGACCAAGAUGAAGCCACUGAAAGUACCGUGGACUCUGAUGAGGAAUCUGGGCAUGAUAUUGGGGAUUCCGAUGAAGGCUCUGGAUCCAGCUCCAGCAGUGAAUCAGAGGAGGACUCUUCUGAAGAGGACGGUGAUGAGGAAGAGUCUGACAGCGAUGAAGACGAUAGCCUUUCACAGAGCUCCUCUACACAAAGUUCAUUCAGCAAAUCAGGAACCAGUGACUCCAGCAGCAGAAGAAGUACUGGAAGGUCAAGUACGAAAAGUAGGGGAAGUAGCUCUCGUGGCAGAGCAAAGCGAUCCAGCCAGAAAUCAGUCAGUUCGAACACAUCAGGUACAAGCUACAGGAAGACAUCAGGAUCCAGUUACAAGAGCAAAACCUCCUCUGCCAGCCUUGAAAUAGAAGACACGAUAGAAGAAGUUUCAGAAGAAGAUGAGCAAGCAGAUAUGGAGCACGUCAGUGCAAGUGCUGAUAAGACAACAGAUAACACGAAGAAUAAGACAGUUUCUAAAACAUCUGCAAAUGCAAGAAGUGCUAAAAAUGCUGCUAAGGAAGAAUAUAAGAGAAGAAAAUCAGGUGUUAACAGUGGGGAUAAUGGGGAUGAAAGUGCAGAAGAGGUUGAUACAGAUGCUAGUGACAAGAAGGAAGCUGUCAAUAAGAAUGGAAGUGAAAUCAGUGUUAAUUCCAAAGGUACUGGGGGGAUAAAAAGUACAGCUAGUGCCACUUCUGGCAAGACUACUACUUCCCCUGAUACUGAGACUCAGAGUUCUGACAUCAACUGGGCCAGAAAGAAAAGGAUCAAGUUGGUAGUUGACCCGGAGUAUGAGACCAGCUCUACUGGAGAAGACAGCGCUCCUGAUUCCAGCCAGAGGAAUCGUCUUAAUAACCCCAAUAUUCAAAACAACGUCAAUGGUAACAUCUACAUUGCACAGAAUGGCUCUGUUGUCAGAACCCGUCGUGUUUGCCUUGCUAAUAAUUUAAAAGUGACAUCUCCAGUGAGGCUGGGGAAACAGUUCAAGAAACUGGACAAGCUUGCAGUGACACACGAGGAGAACGUCCCACUGAACACACUGUCAAAGGGACCAUCUUCUAGUGAUAAAGUGAACACAAGACCUUGUAGUGUCUCAUUUGCUUCCUCUAUAGGGGCUGAAAACAUAGUAACGAAGCCAGGGGGCUCCAAAAUGAAAAGCACAGAAGAGCAAGAAUCUGUUGUUGAUAAUGAGGACGUAAAAGAGCCCUUGGAGUCUCACAGUGAACACACACAGUCAGAUGAAGAGGAACUCUGGAUGGGCCCUUGGAAUAACCUUCACAUACCAAUGACAAAACUGUGAUUUUCUUUUUUCUUUUUUUUUUUUAAUUUUAAUUUUUACUUCAGUUUAUAAUAAACUGCACUUUUUAUUGUCACUGAAGAAAAUGUAUGAAAUUUGUAUCGUGCACAUAUGUUGUAUACUACAAAUGACAUGCUUUAAAGUUUAAAAACAAAAUUUGCACUCACAUUUGUACCAAUUAAUUGUCCUCCCCAACAACUAUUUUGACAGGCUCACAUUUCACUAAACAAUACUUUAAUUUAAAUUUAAUUUAAUUUAAGUUAAUUAGUUUUUUUAUCUUGAUUUAUUGUUUAAUAAAUGGUAAACUACUAAUAUAUGCACAGCAACAUUUGGUUAACUUUUCAGACAGUUCUAUACAUGCCUAGCUUGUUUUUCCUGUAUUGGUACUUGUGGCUAUACUGUUCAGAUUUGGAAAGUGUCUAUUUAUGUUCAAGAUUUACAUCCAGAGCUCUUGAUUUUGAGCUCAGAGGAAUAAAUUAAAAAUAAAUCCAUGAAAGUCAAAGGAGCAAAUCCUCGGCUGGUUAAAUCUGAGUAACAGUACCAAAGUCAAUAGCGAUAUGGCCAGUUUAUGCAAGCAGAGAAUCUCACUCCACACUGAAGUAGCAAACUUACAGAACAGUGGAAUUAGCAUUGUAAGAGUACAGCGUAUUUAAGCAGAACUGAGAAACAGUUGAUUAAGUACAGUAAAAACUGUAAAGGAGAAGGAAAUGUGUAGCAAUUAAUCUUAUUCAGAGCUACCUGUCCGUGAUUUAUUCAUUUUCUUUUGUGAAUUAGCUCAUUCCGAUUUUCUUCUCUAGUCAAUUUUUUAUCUUUUCAUCUCUUCCCACAUCAGUUAUGUUUUCUUCUUUUUACAGUCUUUUAGCUCCAGUUUUUAUGAUCCAUCAAUAAUUGUCAUCCUAUGGCUAUAUUCCUCUGAAAUAAACCAGGAUGAUAUAGGACUCUAUGAGACAGAAAGAGGUGUAAAAAGUAAUUAAUAGGGAGGGGAUAGAUAGAUUUUCAAGCCCAGAUAGCUGCUGGGUUAAACGGUUCAAACUCCAUUCCACUCAAACAUAAACCUGCUGUAAGAUAAAGGAUCAUGGUGAAGGGGAUAAAAAGUGAACAUUUUCCAAGGCUAAUAUGUCUAAAUGCAGCUGGGAAGGGCAAAAACUGACAGAAGACACAGAAUUGUUUCAAAAUCUUUGAAGUAUGCAUUAGUUGUGAAAUACACUACAUAAAAUGCUGGCAGCUGCUUUUAACUUCUGCUUGUAACUUGAAGUAGUGAAUGUGUCAUUUUACACCUUCAGCAGGGAGCCGUGAGAUACUGUUGUUAACAAUUACCAAGUAGUAGCUAAAAAGCAUUAGCAAUACAGACCAAACUGUUCUUCUCCAAUGAGAUAUUAAAGGAAAAAAAGAAAAGCAAGUGUAUAUUCACACGAAAAAAGUGUCCUGUUACGUUAUACCAACUUUUUCUUCAGGAUGAGAUCAAACUAGCUGUGAGAACAAUACCAAUUACCUCUUGAAAGAUUGGAAGAGUCAACUGAUAAAUGCGUGCAAUUAAUGAUGAUAAGACUGGCAUCAUCCUUCUUUUCCUGCCCAUAUGGUUAAGUUUUACCUCAAGAUCUGGAUGACAAUCGUUGUUGGUUCUUCUCUGGUAGUAAAUGGACUUGUGCUACUGUGAUUUUGUUUUGUUUUCCCCUUGCACAGGUUCUGCUACAGGAAACUUCUUUCAGUGUUUGUCUUUAGAGGCUGUUUGCAUGUUAUGCUAAUGUAAAUGUGACAUUUCUGUCAAAUACCUCCUUUUCAACUUGAGGUUUCUGACCAAAUAUUUUGAGUGACAGUACUUGUUUUUAGGCAUGAGAAACGCAACAUAGCUUUCCAUGCGAGAAACAAAAAGGUCGGGUAUUUCUUUCUCCUAAAUCUUUUACCUUGGCAUAUUUGGACUUAAUACCUAACAAAAAAAAAAAAAAAAAAAUCUGUUUGGAGUUUAGCUGGAGUCUGAACAUACAGACAAGAAUGAUGGAAGAAGAAGAAUCUAUUCUUUGAAAUAACUAGUAAAAUGUUCUAUUUUAAUCCUGUUUAA